GGCCGCCGCGGCAGGCAGUGCGGUCAAGUCCCUCCUUCCGUCUUGCUGCGCCGGGAGGACCUCAUCCCGUCGCCGUAACGCAAGAGCGGACGGGUCCCCGUCCCAUGGCGCCGUCUCCUCCACCAGCGUCCUGGUUGACGACGUCGGGGCCCACGUCGCGCCGCAAGCCUUCGUCGUCGAGCCUCGAGGGCUGCCGUCCCCGCCGACCAUGAGGAUUAUAGGAGUGGUCGUCGUUCCGGCGCUGGCCGCGGUCUUCCUGUGGCAGCGGGCCAGUGCCAGCGACGGAGGCAGCAGCGGCAGAAGCUCCUCCGAUGGUGACAUUAUUGCAACUCAUACCAUCACACAUAGUCAGCCCGAGGAAGUUUCUAGAGGCACAUUAGCUUCAUUGAUUCAUAGUUCACAAGAAUACAUCACAAGACCAUCUACGUUCAUCCCUAGUUAUCAAAUAACGACAAACACUUCUGUUAUUGAGAAGGACCCCGGUGAGAUUCUAUCAAGCAGCCAUAGCACUCCGGUUUCCCUAUUCGAAACAUUGUCAACGUCCUUGCCAAUUCGUACCGAAAAACACAAGCAGCAAGACCGAGUUAAUUCGAGUUCACUAUUGGAAGAAUACACAAGAACAGAAAAGGCACCUGUGAGACCAAAUUCAUCGUCCGUGUUCGUCUUCUCCACGGUAUCACGCUCGGUCUUGCCCGUUCUUCAAGAAAACCUGAAUAACGAAGACGUGGUCAAUAGCACCGUCAGUUCACAAUUGCGAAUAGUUGAGCUUGCUCUAGAAGGAGGAAGUUCAUCAAGUAGUUCCUACGCAAUUGCUCAUCAAAAAACAGGAACGCGAGCAUCUGGAGGAGCAGUCAUUGAACCCCCAACAGGCUCCACCGAGGCGUCGUUUAUUCCCGGGCCUGAAGCUAUAGACGUUGCGUCCCCAUCAUCGGCGUCCGAGAUCUCAGACGAAGACCCUGAAGAGCUUUUGGAUCCCAGCCUCCGGGUUCUGCGCAGCAUUCAUCCGUCAACAGCGUCGGCAUCGGUGCACUUUCCACACCAUUCUCACGGGCGAGAGGCGACUCCCAUCAUGCCGUCUCCCGUGUCAGCGUCAGAACGAACCCGCGGGGGCGGCGGCAAGCCGUCUAUUGACAACAUCUUAAGCGGUAUCAUCCAGCUGCUAGGAGGGGACGCGAACCAGCCUAGACCUCCGUCCAUGCGGUUUCCGCCUCCUCCCCUUCUGCCACCGCCGCAACCACACAAGUUGCCGUCACGCAUCAAUAACCGAGGUCCCCCGAACUUCAAUUUCCCGCCCCCUCCGCCACGCCCGCCGCAGUUUCCUCAUCACCUUCCACACCCCCCGCACCCUCCACACCAUCAGCACUCAAGGCCAAACCUGCCACAUUUAGCCCCUCCGCAACCAGGCCACUUUGACACCAUCCCGCGGCCCCCGCCGCCAAACCUGCACUUCCCGCCAGUGAAUCAUCCAAACCACCCGCACCAUCCGCAGCAGCACAUUCACAUCGUUCCCCUGCCACAUCCGCCGACUGUCUACCCAACGCCUUCUGAAGUAAGUCACCUGCUUGGUCUCAAUGAGCAAGACAGGCAGCCUGAGAUGCCACCGAUGGAGAACGACCGACACUCAGCGACUCCGGCCCUGUCUCAGGUAGACCUUCACAAUGGGCACGUGGACGACGUUACGAUGCACCGAGAGACAGUCCUUGACAGCGUCCCGGAGUCCACUACGGAACAGCUUCCUUCCAGUAAGUCAACUAUCGUGCUCAUUCAUGAGGGCCCCGUGACAUCCACGAGCGCAAGCAUAGACCCGACGCGGUCAGUGGGAACGGCGUCUGAAGAGAGGCCGCCGGAUGUUAGCGAAAGUACCAGCCAGGACACUCACAGCACAGAUACAAGCGAUACCUUCGAUAGACCAAGCGAUGUGCCGUCUGGUCCUGUGUCAGGUUGGCUACCAGUCUUUUUGGACUCUUCGAACAGACACAACAGUACCAGAGUGACUGUCAACACAGCCGAAGAGCCCGAGAUCAUAACAGAACCAACUGAACCCUCCGUAUUCGACAUCACCGUUGUUCACUCCAUCGGGACAAUCAACCACAAUGUCACACCUUCCAAAACAAAGCAGCCUACGUUCGAGACAAUUCCACCGACCCGGAGUGAGGUAGGAGGCUCGGACGAAUCCAUCGACACUUUCCAGAUCGAAGAAGCGAAGACGACGGUGACGCAAACCGCGCCCACCGAGGCGUACCCGUCAAGGGUGGAUGAACGUGACCGAGAGCCGGAGGUCAUAUAUGGAACUCCGACGAUCGACAAGAUCGUGCCCAGCAAGACACCGCUGGUGAGCCUUUCACCGACGAGUACUCAGCCAAACACGAAGGACUCGGACGCUGUCAUGACGCUUUCCGGGAAGGGGACGCUGACUCCGGAGAUGACGCACACGAGAGCGCCGGUCAGACACCAGCAGCACCAGUCACCGACGGGAAGACCCAUCGUGAUUCCGGUGGAGAUCGAAGAUGUGCGCCCCGUCAUUGGGUUCCCGCCAGAGCUGUCGCACGGCUUCCCACGACCACCGGGCUCACCUCCCCUGGGAAGCACUCCGAGGCCCAAGACACAGACGACGUCCGGUCAGAAACAGACCUCCAAGGGCCCUCCUCGACGCAGGCCGCCUUACAGAGCUAAGCACAACACCACACUUGUGAGGAUCGACACAUGCAUCGUGGGCGAUGACUCUACGUGCGACUCCCAGCUGAACGAGUGGUGCAAGGCCGAACUUGGCGUUAGUUCUUGUCACUGUAGGCCAGGAUUCACCAGGACCGUGCCUAGGGGACCUUGCACGCCAAUUGUGACCGUCGGACUGACUCUGAAGCUCGAUCGCCUGGGUGAACAAAAGCUGGUGUUCAACCGAAACUACAGAAAUCCAGAAUCGGAAGACUACCAACUUCUCGAGUAUGAGGCAAAGCAAGCGCUCCACAGCCUGUUCACCAAGUCGAGCUUCUCGCGAGUAUUUAUGGACGUGACGGUGAACAAGUUCCAGUCUGCCGGCAGCAAGGUGAUGGUGAACGCCACCGUGCAGCUGGAGGAGAACGACAUCACCCGGGUGCCGUCGGUCAAGCGCGUGCUGCAGCACGAAGUGGUCAACAUGAUCAACCGACGCAACUCCAACGUGGGCGAGAGCAGACUCUUCGUCGACGGCAUGCUCAACUCGGGACUUGCCGUCGAUGACGUGAACGAGUGCAACGACAUGAACCUGAACGACUGCUCGGCCAACGGAGUGUGCGAGAACGUGUUCGGCACGUUUCGGUGCGCCUGCAAGGCCGGCUACACGGACAAGUACCCGGACACCAAGUGGAAGAGCGGACGCACCUGCUCCGCGUGUGCGCCGGACUACUGCAACCUCAGGGGAGAGUGCCGUAUCUCAAACGGGCACCGGGAAUGCAGCUGCCGGGGCAAGUACAUCGGUGCCCGGUGCGACAUCGACGGUGAGGUGCUCGCGGUGGCACUGGGAGCCUCCAUCACCGCCGUCAUCAUCAUCGUUCUCACCCUUGUCUGCCUUUGCCUCUGGAACCGCCGCUGGAAGCGCGAGCAACACAAGGCGGAGGUGAUGUCGGCGCAUUCAGCGGGCAGCCUGGGCUACCUGAGCAAGGUGUCCACGCUCGGACCAGCCUACCGGGUCAGCGUGGAGGACAGAAUGAGGUGGCAGCACAUCGCCGACGCUAUGGGAAAUAUCUACGUGCAGCCAGAGGCCACGGCCCCGCCCAAGACGCCUCCGGUGUUUGCCUCUCCUCCUCGAGUGCGCAGCCCGAGUCCUCCAGAGGAAAGCCACUACAGCCACAUCCAGAGGCCCCGUUCCAGAGGAGCCAUGUAUGGCCCUCCUCCGAACCACGCUUCGUACGAAUACGAACCCCCAAAAAGAGACGCGUACACCCCAGUGAUGCCAUACUACAAGACAGCGACUCUUCGCACCAUGUAUUCCUGAGCGAAGCCUUCGAAAUCUUCGCCACAAAACAAACAAACAAAAGUGCGAGACCCGCGACGCCAUUGACAAUGUGGUGAAGUGCAUGUGCGACGGCGAGCAGGCAGCAACUGUCGCGCCACCAGAACUUCAGGACGGCGUCGCAAGAAGGAGACAGUCCUUCUGUCCUGCCCGGUGUACCUCCCAGGACCUCCGUGCUCAGCGCUGCGGUGCCCACACGAUCUGAGUGCCAUCGUCAUCAAUUGUGGGCGUCCAAAAGAACCCAACACAAGAUGCGUCCUGUGUAGAACGUAUACGCAACCUCGAAGGAGCUUUUUGAACGAAAAGUGAACGUUUCUUUUCGCUACAAAAAAAUAACUUCUUUUUCCACUUCCCUCUACGUUUCCACUAAUAGUCGUUCGAGUCAACAAUUUCGCGUAACUUAUAUUUUCCAGCGUGCUAUUCUCGCGGUCAACUUUCUGUGAGGCAUUUCGGAAGAAGUGAAGAGUGCGCGUGCACAGCUUUGAUGGGCGCUCAAGACGUGCAAGCGCACGUACGCCCAUGGCCUUGCCUGCAUAGCCAGAGAAAGUUAUCCGCAAGUCAUACGGGUAGAAACGGAGGGAGAGGAGAAGACAAGAGUGCUCAGGGACGUCAGAACACGGAACGCAUUCGAACGCCGAACGUCGGCGUCCAUUUUGGCGUUCGUCUUCGAACGCGUUCAAUGAGUAGAAACAAAGGCAGCUAGUUUUGCGUCUGCCCUCUGAUCAUUCCAAUUAGAGCUCCCUUCCCCAGAAGAGCCAUCACCUCCCCUUCCUCGGUUUAUACACGUAUAGGGCACAGUAGAUCACCGUUCAGACAUUUACACGGGUUGCAGUGGAAUGUCGCGAUAUGGACACUGUUCAUUUCGGUUGAAGCACAUACGCAUGCGUAGUCAAGGGACAGACAAUAAAACAACAGAGGUCUGUACCUCCAGCUCGGAGUCUCAGUCUUGGAUUGUGUUCGGCUCUAAUGCACUAUUGAAACGAUAUCUGGCGACAAGGCAGCACUAAUGCCAGUGUGCUCAUGCUGACAACGGAAAAAAAAAAAAAAAAACGCGCACACAUUGUUGUUUCAAACAUGUCAGUAUAUUGUGCGCUUGAUCAUACCCAUGUCUAAAAGUUACUCGCUUUAAUUAUUUUUUUUUCUAGUGACGCGUGGACAACUUGGUUCCCGUGGGAGUGGGAGACGCGGAAGGUGCAAUAACAGCCCCAGCGCAUGCACGGUGUGUUUCGAAAAAUUUUCAUCGUUUUGUGUGAAACGGAAUGUGAUAUUCGUAUCAGUCAAAAGGGGACUCCAAUAAACUGCCCAUACCACAACAAACGCUGUUAGUUGCUGUAUGAGUACGUGCAAAUGGUAGAAAGUAUUUUAAAUAGUAUUAAUUUCCCCCUCUCGGCGAACAGUUGAUUCCGCUGCGAUUCGUUGGAAUGAAUGUCAUGUGCGAAAAAAGUA